GUCAGUUCAGCGCGUCUGGCCUGGAUUGGUGCGGUUGAAAUUUACACGUCGCCCAAGUCAGUGCUCAGGUGCGCCGCAUCACAAGCAAUCACCAAGCGUGCGGAUUGGAAGUCAUGGGCGUAUUCGAGGGAAAGUUCCCACAGUGGGCAUAUCUGAUCGGCUAUAAUACCAUCUCGGCCCUUCUUUGGAUCUUUAUCUUCGGCAGGAGCGCGGCGCUUGCACUGAGCAAUGGUCUGGGCCAGGUGUAUCUGUUUCCCAGCGUCAGGAUCACGCUCCUGCUCACCCAAAGCCUGGCCGCACUGGACAUCUUGCACUCCGUUCUAGGUCUUGUCAAUGCCCCCGUGCUCACCAGCUUCGUUCAAGUCGCUGGUCGAAGCACCGUCCUCUGGCUCGUCAUCGAGAAUUACCAGUCCUCUGCUCUCAGUCCCUUUUACGGUCUGAUGGUUCUUGCCUGGAGCGCUGCAGAUGCCAUUCGAUACCUGUACUUCGCUACAAAACUUGUCGGUGGCCACCAGUACCGCACCCUAACCUGGGCUCGCUACAGCGCUUUCUACGUGCUGUACCCGCUCGGCAUCGCUGGCGAGGUUGGUGUUGUGUAUAACACCGUGUCAGAAGCAUGGAGGCUCGGAUAUCACUCCCACGCGUGGGCUUACAUUGCCGCCUCACUACUUUACAUCCCGGCUGCGCCUACUCUGUUCAACCACAUGAUACGGCAACGGAGGAAAGUGUUUGCUGCUGGGAAGAAUUGAGUUCAGAUUACUGAGCUUCACUGUGCUGUGUAUCUGACUGCCCAGGCACGGUCUCGUCCUGACGCGUCACGGCAUCCCAGACAGACGCCGCAGUGCAAGGACAUCACAAACCUUGUGAAGCCCGGCAGUUGAUCUCAAGCCAUCUUAAUAUGGUGCGCCAUAAAGCGUUGAAUUGACCAUAAUUCACGCCCUAAACGGGACUCACAUGCAGGAAAUGGGCCGCAGCCAAUCCAGGCUCUGUCUCACUUUUGCCUUUUCGGAUAUCUACAUUCAGUCCAUCUCUUAAUGAGCACGGAUUUAGACGUCAUCGCGACAGCUUGGGCUGGCCGUUCGAUCUGAGCAUCUUGGCUAUUGGACGAAGCAUUGCGUCUGUGGCCUGACUGAUUUGUCAGAAAUUAGUCCAGGGUCUUACAACGGCCCACCAGCAUUCGCAUCAACUGAAGAAUGAGACGCUGCUGCUGUCUUGACCAGAUCCUGUUCUGGAUAUUCGAUGCCUCGUGAUGGGGAUCUGGGCACCGUCUUCUGUCGGCCCAGCCUGAACAUAAUACUGUGCCGCUCGUGUUGUUUACUUGGCACCGUCAGCUUUAGUCAGGCUGACCUUUCAUUACGUUGAGAACCUGCCCGUCAACGUAGCACCGUCUCCGACGGCCAGGAAUUCUUGUUCUACAUCUUGUUAUUCGCCUUUCUGACUCACUUCCCAAGGGUUCUCCCGAUUCCUGACCGCGGCUUUGAAGUGACAUGUGAUGUGCCGACUGCAAUGAUUUUGGUCUCAAUAAGUCAUGAUAUGAAUUGGUCUAGAUCUCACAUGUGGUGUAGCUCCCAAGAUGGCCUGGUUUCAUCGGAAUGCUGUUUUAGUGUAAGUACUCCACCGUUUCCACGACGUGUCUGAGCGCAGAUUGGCCCAACGACCAAUGUUGGCUUUCACACCGUGCAACCACUGAGACAAACUCCCAUUACAUUUGAUGUGCCGAACGCC